AUGGCGCGACUACAGCGUCCGCCACCACCAGAUCUGGACAUUCAGACCGGUUCGGUUGUGGCGCUCAAAACCAUCCCCAAGGGUACACAGUAUGGACCGUUCGUGGGCAAACUGCUGCGAGAACCAAUGGAUCGACGGUUUGCCUGGGAGGUGAUAGAUGUAGAUAUUCGUGGCUGGUUAGAUGCAACACUGGAACCAACGAACUGGAUGAAACACAUACGCUGCACCUCCAGCUCAGGCGAAGCGAACGUGCAACACUUUCUCAAAGAUGGUCAUCUGUGGUACGAAGUGAUAUGUGAUAUCAGUCCCGGAAGGGAACUGUUGCUGCGACCGAAGGUUCCUCUUCAUCCCAGGGAUGGGCAAGACGAGCGAAGCAGCGAACGUGGCUCGGGCGGUUCCCAGCACAGCGACAACUACGAGGACGAGUACAAUACCUCGAACGAUCUUGACUCUAGUCACAACAAGGAGCAGCACCACCAUCACAACAGUAGCAGCAGCAACAGCAGCGGCAGAAGUAGCAACGGCAGCAGUACCCGUGCGAACGGACACCAUCCCGAGGACGACAGUGGUAACGGAAGUGGUGAACCGCACCAACAUCAUCACCAUUCGGACGUAAAGGAGGAGGACGAGGACGAGCACGGUAUUGACGCGCGGUGUGUCGUCUGUGAUCGGCAGUGUCACGAUAUUGAUCAGCUUGACGAUCAUCUCGUGAUCUCGCACCAUUAUCCAAAGGACGCCUACAGGUGUGAGCUUUGUCCGAGGGCAUACAGCUACAGACCGUCGUUGCUGCGACAUCGAGCGAUCGUACACGGUGAGCUACGGCGCUUUCCGUGCGAAAACUGUCCCAAAAACGAAGAUACCGAUGUGAGCACAGCAACCCCCAACACUUCCUCAUCGAGCGAACUAUUCAGUUACCUUCUGCAAGCUCAUGAUAAUAGGGUUUUCACCGAUCCGUCGAAUUUGCAGCGUCACAUCCGGACACACCACGUGGGAGCCCGUAGUCACGCGUGUCCAGAGUGUGGCAAGACGUUUGCCACCUCGUCCGGUCUAAAGCAGCACACGCACAUCCACUCGUCGGUGAAGCCGUUCCAGUGCGAGGUGUGCUUCAAAUCGUACACCCAGUUCUCAAACUUGUGCCGUCACCGGCGUAUGCACGCCGAUUGCCAGGUGCAGAUCAAGUGUAACAAGUGUGGCGAUAGCUUCAGCACAACUACGUCCCUUUCGAAGCAUAAGCGUUUCUGUGACUCAACCGCCGUUACGCGUGCCUCACUACACUCGGGAGCCCAUCCAUCGCAUCUGCGCCAUCCGCACGAUCCUUAUCCGCACGGACGGCCACACCCGGGAGCGGGUCAGCAAGGUACUGCCGGUGGUACGGGCGGAGCAUCUGCAAUUGCAGCCGGUACUGGAGCAGGACCACUUCACGCGCUACCACCCGGUAUGGCAACUCCACCGAAUCCAUUCCUUAUGUUUCCCGGUGCACCUUUCUUUGCGCCCGGAUUUCGACCAUAUCCAGGCAUGCCGGGUAUUUUUCCACCGGCACCGGGACAGGUUCCCCAGUUUCCGCUGUCCUUCUUCCCGAAGCCGGCGGCACCGGGACCACUGCCCGAACCGGAACGCAGAACCCCGUCGCCAUCGUCUCGGCAUCUUGGUUUGCUCGAAAGCUACGGUCAGCAGUCGAUGAAGAUUUCACCACCGACCGGUGAGGAGGCCACAAACCAUCUGCGACCGUCACCGGCACGUCCCAUUCCGGUUAGCUUCAACUCAGCGGCAGCGGCUGUUGCGUUGCUGUCGGGAUCGCCUGGCCCAUUAAUGGGCAAUCAUAAUAUUCCUGCAACGGAAUCGGUUCAGGAGCGAGGCAACAACAACAAUCACAUCAAGGAAAACAACAAUCACAAUCACACGAACGGUACCAGUUCCUACGGUGGACAGACCGCCCAACAACAGCAGCAGAGACGAACUUCAAGCCGUAGUAGCUCGGUAACAGCAGCGACCUCCGUCAAGGAAGAAUUGGCCCGUGAUUCUUCCGAUACCGAGGAAGGAGAUACCGGACUGUCUGCGAUUCGAGUAAAGAAUUUCUCUACACGAUCCAAGAACGCAUCCGGAGAGACGAGCAAGUCCCCUGCAUUGUCAGAAAACAGGAGUCAAUCGCACCGUAGAAGAAGCCGUACGGUGGACGAUGGUGAUACGUCAGAAUCUGAGGAGUUCUCGUCUGAAGCAAAGAAGGCAAAGAAGGAGGAAGAAGCUUCCGGUUCUGCAGAGCAACCGUUGGAUCUGAGUCUUUCGAAGAAGUUAAAAAACGACGAUGUGGACGACGGUGUUGAGGCAGACGAGGAUAAGGAUGGGUCGGAGGAGAUGGUGAAUCGUAGCUCGAACCGCAGUCCAACGCCCAUUGAAGUGACCAGCCCAAGGUCCACACCGACACCGUCAGUUCCAACACCCAACUCUUCGGACGUACCCCAUCAUGACCUAUCGCUGAGAGCACGUGGCCGGAACACUACUGGCUCAUCGAUCUCACCAAAAGCGGCAUCCGCAUCCCCACUAGCGGAUGCAUUCCCUCUACCAAGCCCCUCACCAUCGCUCUCACCGCGUCCCUCACCGUCACCCUCAUCGCCCGGUGGCGUUACAGGGUCUGGUCCACAUCAUCAACCCAUCUCCUAUCCGAGACCAAUAUACCCCUUUCUGCUCGAGGCAAUGUGUCACGGAGGACCGGGACCAAUGGGUGGCUUUCAGCGUCCCGCAUUCAGUUUUCUAGACUCACUGGAAUCGAAUUUGGAUUUGCUCAAACGUAGCCGCCAGUACAUGCCGACGAAGGCUUUUCAUCAGACGGCUAUGAUGCCACCAGGGUUCGCUGUAGGAGGUGCUGGAGGAGGAAGACCGGGAGUACCCGGUGGUCCUGGUGGACCGGCGGCACCCGGGAAGGUGAAGGAUCGGUACUCGUGCAAGUACUGUGGCAAAGUGUUCCCUCGGUCGGCUAACCUGACGCGACAUCUGCGCACCCACACUGGUGAACAGCCGUACAAGUGUCGAUACUGUGAGCGUUCCUUCAGCAUCUCGAGCAACCUGCAGCGACACGUACGCAACAUCCACAACAAAGAGCGCCCGUUUAAAUGUCACCUGUGCGAGCGGUGCUUCGGACAGCAGACGAAUCUGGAUCGCCAUCUGAAGAAGCAUGAUGCGGAUGCGGCCGGGCUUGUGUUGGGUGAUUCGCCCUCAUCCAACGAAGCAGAACGUGGGGAGGAUGUGUUCUUCGACGAGAUUCGUUCAUUUAUGGGAAAGGUAACCUAUUCGGGACCGGCAUCCUUACUGACGGCGGGGACACUUCCGGCCGCUGCUGAAGUGGAAGCAGCCAAAGGUGAGGGAGAAGAUGGCGAGAGUAGUGCUUCUGGUCGAAGGCGUUAUGCGACACCGCUGGACGUAACUGGAGGUGACGAUGAUGAGGAAGAGGAAGAGGAAGAUGAGGAGGAAGAUGCCGCCAGCUGUGACGGUGAGAGUGAUCUGAUCAACAUCGAUUCGGACAAGGAUACGAUCAAUAACAAUGACACGAUCGAGGUGUCUACAUAAAGCUGGAAGUUUGGUUAGUAAGACGCACACGCUUGUACAUAAGCUGUAGGGAACGGGUAUUCUGCCGAUAGAAGAAAAUGUUCCAAUAUCAUUAAAACAAUGCAUCAGACUAUUUGAUUUCAGUUGAAAAGUUAAGGUUUAAAGUGUACAACCAAGCUUAUAGGAAUGUGAGGUACGCUCGAAGAAUAAUCAAACACUAGAAUAAAUGUCCUAGGCUAGGGUUUAUCUGAAAGAUAUUGAAAGAAUUGGCGAUUCUUUCCGGUUCAUUCCGAAUAUCCUUGCACGAUGAAAUAGAGCAAGGAAUUUUGUAUUGCAUAAUACGACACAUUUUUUUCUUCAAAUGGACGCUACCGAAUGCAACCAAAUAAUAAGAAAAAAAACAAACAAAACCAAAUUGAUACACAACAACAAAAAAGGCUUUCACGGAAAGGUUCUGCUUAGUGGUUAAUCUACCGCUCACAAUGUAUGCCAGUUAAAACAAACAUUAAAAAUAAAACACACACACACAAACUAAGGUAUUAAGAUGUAUGAUAUGAAGGUUUGAACUUUUAAUGUAAAGAAUGUUGGAGAAGACAACAACUAGCCAGCAAACAGUAAUUUAUUUCCCUCCCUAUGUUACGAGCUUAUGUUUUUUUUUUUCAAACGAAAAUCUUUAAAUAAGUUAAGAAUGGGAACAACAACAGCAAAAAAUCUGUGAAUAAUUUAGUAAACGAUAACUAGUUAAUACAAUAGAAGAAGCUUGAGUUUCCUCUCGUUUUUAGCUUGAAUUAUUACGCUCCCUAGUAUGCAGGUGGAAAUCUGUUUGUGUUUAGGUUUAGUUCAAAAUUAGAACCAAUUACUGUUCGCACAGAGGGAGAGAGGGAGCACUGUAUAUCAGCAUCAGAAGCAACGGAAUCAGUAACAAUCCACAGGAGAGCAAAAAAAGUAGUAGUCCAUAAGCAAUGUAAGGCAAAUUGUUAGUUAGUUUUAAAUUCUUCUGUAAUAAAGCAUAGUCACACGAAUAAUUUAAGGCUACACAAAAA